AUGCGUCCAGUCUCCGUGAAGGAUCGCGUUGCCAAAGAAAAGCAAAAGCAUAUAAAGGGACUCAAGGGAAACAAGUUAAUUCGUCAUUACCAUAAUUUGCUCAAGGAAAAAUCUCGGCUUGUGUCUUCCCAUGCUCCUGUCAAACAAAUUGAGGAUGUCGAGCAGCAAUUAGAGGCUAUUGGAAUCGAUGCCUAUCAGAAGGCAAGCCAAAAUGGUCAGAAUAAUAGAAAGGGCGGCGACUCAAGUAAAAUUUUGGUAGAUUGGAUUCGAACGGAUCCUAAUUUAUAUCCCAAACAUCGAGAUACUCGGCCACAGCAAAUUUUAGAAAUCGGAAGCGUUUGUGUAGACAACAAGUGCUCUACAUGUGGAUUAUUUUCAGUCACCAGAAUUGACUUGCAUUCCUCCCAUCCUCUCAUUCAAGAGCAAGAUGUCUUGAUGCGCUCACCCAAAGAAGGCAUAUUUGAUGGAAUUAGUUGCUCCUUAGUUUUAAACUUUGCGCCGCCAAACUUGAGAGCUCAGAUUUUAUUGAAAUGCACUCAACUUCUGCAUCCCCCGAAUCCCACUCAUCCGCCUUGGUUCUUCUUUGUACUUCCUGCUCCAUGUGUAAACAACUCUCGCUACAUGGAUGAAUCAACGCUUCAUUCGAUCUUGCAUCGGUUUGGGUUUACACUACGUUAUUCUUCUGUUUCAAAGAAAAUCGCUUAUUAUUUAUACGCAUAUGAUCAUCCAUGUUCAACGAACCUAUCUUGGAAGAAAAAAACUGUUCAUGACGGACCAUCGAGAAAUAACUUUUUCAUCCCGUGCCUGUCCAGUUAA